UUGGUUAAUAUAAUUUCAGUUUAUUCUCUUUAUUCGUGUUUUACGUUUUGUUGGUACUGUUUUUUUUUUCUUGUUUUUAAACUGGUUUUUUCCUUUUUUUCCAUGUAAUUCUCCUGUGACGGUUAGUAUGAUUGACCAAGGUAUGAAUGGAACACAGCCAUUGUUUAUUGCUAAUGAGGGCAAGGGUGUUUCAUUGGAAGAUGAUUUUAUGCGGCUUACUAGAAGAUGCACUAUUGAUGAACUCCAUGAUAACAACGAGGAGGGGUCUUUUGUGGUUUUUGGUUUUGUGAGAUCAAUUGUGGAUGAGGGACCUUGGUGGUAUUCAGCUUGUGUUUGUGGGAAGUCAAUUCAGCCUCAAGGUGGUGCAUAUUAUUGUGAUUUUUGUCAGCACUAUGUUACCAAUGUGACUCCUAGAUAUAGGAUCAAAAUAGCUGUUGAGGAUGACAAUGGACAUGGUGUAUUUGUGUUAUUCGAUCGCGAGGCUGCUUACUUAUUGAAAAAAUCGUGUGCUGAUCUGUUUGGAGAAGUUCAGAAGGAUGCAAAUGUUAUUUGUGGAGAUAGUUAUCCUGUGAUGUUCCAGCAAUUGGUGGGUAAAAAAUUGCUCCUUAAGAUAGAUACCAAGAGUGUUGGUGUAGACAAGUAUUUUGGAACUUUCUGUGUGAGAAGAGUUUGUGAUGAUGCUGCUAUUAUUUCCAUGUUUGAGUUACCUAACUAUGAUGCCGAUGAUGAGUGCACUCCAUUGAAGGAUGGUAAGUUGGGAAAGAUCCCUUCAGCUGGGGAUGAACAUAUUGUUGACAAGAGAGAGCCCUGUGAGGUGCUACAUGAGGGUAUCACUCUUGAUGGGAAUUGUUCAAGUAUGAAGACAAACUACAAGCCUUUGAUUGAUUUUCUUGGUGAAAAGCGUGCUGUAGUUCCUGGAUUGGAUGAUAUAAGUACUGAAAUUGAUAUUCUAAGAGAGGCAGGGAAAAGUGUUGAUGAUAGUGUACUUGUUGAUGGGGAGUGCAGUUUGGAAAUUGAGGGUCUCUUGAAUUCUCCCCCCGUGGAAACUACGGAUGUACUUUCUGCUGUUCUUGAUGGAUCCCCUGUUCACGUGAUCAAGAAAGAGAAUGUUUCCAAUGUGCCAAGGGGUAGAAAAGCUAAAAGAAAUCUGAAAAAAUCAUUUGAUGAUGCUGCUGAUGAGGAACUUGGCCCAACUUCCAAGGUUCUCAAGAACCGUGAUGUUUGAGAUGUUAAUAGAGCUGCUGGUUCUGCUGUGAAAUAUUUUAUUAAUCUAAGAAGUAGUUAAUUUAUAUGCACUGAAUCCAAUGUAAGUUAGAUGUGAAGAUGCUGUCUGUGUCCCAUCGUUUUUUUUUUCUUUUUGAGCUGUGUCCAAAGACUAGCAUGGUUUCGUAGUAUCGUUUUGUUUGUUUGUUCUUUGCUAGGGAUUGUACACAGUGUCCUAUGUAACUGAUGUGAUGUGGGCAGGUUAUGGAUUCUAGGUUAUUUUGAAAUUUGCACU